AUGGACCACUUCAACCUGAAUAGCGGUGGCGCCGCUCAAAAUGGGCUCUAUGCCCAUCAAGGGACACCAAACUCUCGGCCCAACAUCACACGCCCUUUCACGCUGCAAGAAUCGUUACCCUAUUCACCACAAACGUCAACGAUCCCCUUCAUUUCAGAUAUCAUCCCCGACCCGAGCCUAGGUUCAGGCACUCCCGCCUUACCCAUUUCCGACCUCUUCCACACGCAGGAGUUCGACAGCCUGAACAAGGACGCCUACGGACAGGUGCAGAUGCCCCGGAAUGUCAAACAGGCAGUCGACCAUGUUUUACAGGACAUGAAGCCCAACCAACGGACUCACUUCAAGUUUUGCGCCGCCCCGAGAAGUUCAUCAAACCCCAUCGCUGGGAAAAGCCUAGCCGACGACCUGUCCCCGAUCGCAAGAGCCGUGUACGAGAAAGUUGGAGGCUACUUCAAGGCGACGAAAGCGAACGUUCCCAACGCGAAACUAUCCAACGGCCAAGCGGGAGGUCACCACAACCCCAAACGGGCUUCCUCCUCCUCCUCACUCAACUCGCCGAUUGCCCCGCAAGCACACCCACUCCCGCCGCAGAAUGCUCAGACGAAUCCGUUGAAUCCUACUAGAAUCGAGGUUGCUAUUCCGUCUAAGAGGCAUUUUGAUGGGUCGCAAUAUAUCGACGUGAGAAAUCUCAUGCAGCCCGAGGUUCCAUCUCCAGUCUUCGCUCAACCACCAGCUCAACAACAAGCCCCGGUGCAACAUCAACCACCGCGCUUUCCCCAGACUCCAGUUCCCCUGCCACCAUUCCCUGGCAGUUCGGACACUGCCCAGAACUUGUCCAUCAGGAUCGAGUUGCCGAUCACAAGCAUCAACCGGGACGAGUACGUCGAGGUUGAGGAAGCGCCUGAGGAACCACAACAUCUCUCGGCUCGUAGGCAAGACCGGCAAGGCUUUGCAGACAGCCAAGAACUACUGGGAGAGAGUCUCGAUCAACGUCAACGGGGCGAGGCGGCUCUCGAUGCCCUUGAUAAACUGGUGCGAACCGUUUUUGCGUCUGUGGGGAGCGUUCUUGCGAUGGAACCUGGCUACGAUCACAUCGUGACUAUGACUCAAGAUCAAGAGGUUGCAAUGACUGCAGCAACCCAGCAGAAGAUGCACACAGCGAUCCAGAAGACGAUUGGGUUGAAGUGCUAUGACAGGGUCCCUGUCGAACACUUGGUUCAGAUUACGAAACUGAGCGAAGCGAGUCUAAAACAAGGAGAAGGAUUGGAGAUGCGAGUUGACGAGUCUUGGUCUGAGGAUGCAGUGGAGUCCUGGAUUCAGAAGCUAUCAGAAGUUGACACGAUACUUAAAGCAGCACGGACUUGCCUUCGUAUUCUGUCGGGCGGCAGAGAAGACAAGCAGCUGUAUUCUGAAGCCGUCAUUCAAAGAAGUGUCGACAUCUUUAAGUUGGUCACUGAGGAUAUCGUCAUGCCAUUGGUGGAGCUUCGGCCAUCUGGAAAUACAGCAAACGUCUUCAAGACGCUUUCCAGGCACAAGAAGGCUAUCACCUCAACUUUUGUUUGCUGCCAGAAACUGUUCGCUCUAUUGGCUGAAUUGGUCACCAAAAUCGAGCUCUCGGACACCGUCAUCAACUCCCUCGAGUUCACAGCGUCACGGCUGAUCUUUGUCGAAAACGCCUACUUCGAGAAGGACUCUGCUGUUGGUGUCCAGAAGUUUGACGGAAUUCGUUCUGUGGCGAUGGAUAUGCUUUGCCAGAUUUUUUUGAUGAAACCACAACAACGGCAGGGCAUUAUCGAUGAGAUUCUCACAUCUCUCGAAAAACUCCCUGUUGGCAAGCAAAGUGCUCGACAGUUCAAGCUCUCAGAUGGAGGAAGCAUCCAACCCGUAUCCGCCCUAAUUAUGCGACUGGUCCAAGCAAGUUCUGGUAGAGUGGACAGCAGCAAAGAACGCAACCGCAACAGUAUGAUGCAAAGCAUUAGGGGGGAAGAAGAAGGGUACGAAGAAGACGACGAUUUCGCAUCAGGACCUAAGCAGCCUAUCUCCUCUAUCAAGAGCGAGCAACAGGGAGCUCAGCAGCACCCCGUGUCGAUCAAGGACCUCGACACUGCGGUUACUCCACUGACAGACAAUGCCCAGCGCAACGCAUCGUACGUCAUCAACUUCAUCGUCAAACGUGCCAUUGGGUCCACAAAAUCCGGCGACACCCCUUACCGGAACCUACUCGACCUCUUUGUAGAGGAUUUUACAACUUGCCUCGACUCUCCGGAUUGGCCCUCAGCCGAACUUCUUCUUCGCCUGUUGAUGGUCAUGAUGGUACAACUCUUUGAAGCCCCAAAGACAGCUGCACCGGCGAAGAAUAUGGCCUUGGAAUUGCUAGGUGGCAUGAGCGCCGCCAUUUCUCGCCUCCGAUCUCACGUUAAGAGAAUGGCCAGCUCCUCAGAGGGCAACGAUGCCGAUGAAUUUUCUAGAUACCUCGCAGACCUUGCGAAUCAUGCCCUCGAACAAAAGAGCCACGUGGAGCAGAUGGUUGCUUGGGCUGGACCAUAUCGAGCAACUCUUGAAUAUCUCCAACACCGAUGUACUGACGACCCGCACCUCUCGAGCGCAAUUUCGUUCGUGAUUGCAGACUGGGCAUCUCAGGUUCACAUGGGUUACGACUCUUUCCAGGAAGGAUACGAUGAGCGAGACCAAGAACUCGGCCGCCUUGGCUACCGUCUACGAAUGAUGAUUGAGGACCGACGGUGGCUUGUGAACGAGUACACGUUCAAGACAGUCUCCGGAAGCCAGGCCAAGUUAUCCUACUCGAUCAUUCUUCUGCGCUCCCCUCUUUGUGAGUCAUUUGGGAAGAUCCUCAACAUCUUGCUCAGUUCGAUGGCUAGCGACCAAGCUACCGUCCGAAGCAAGAGUCUGAAGAGCGUCAACCAAGUGCUCGAAACCGACCCCUCCAUCUUGGACGGAGAUUCGGCCGUUAUCCAGCUGAUUCUCGAAUGUGCCAGCGAUUCGUCAACUCAGGUCCGAGACUCUGCUCUUGGAUUGCUUGGCAACUGUAUCCACAUGCGCCCUGCUUUGGAAACAUCGUUGACUCCCAAGAUUAUUGAUCGGUUCCAGGACAGCGGUGUUGGCGUGAGAAAGCGAGCCAUGAAGCUUGCUCGUGACAUCUAUCUCCGCAACCGCAUCAAGCCGCUUCGUAGUGCGAUAGCGAAUGGGUUGCUUCGACGAGUACAGGAUCCGGAUGAGAGCGUCAGAGACCUGGCUCGGCAGAUGAUUGAAGAAGUUUGGUUCAGUCCCUUCUAUCGCGAUGAGGGUACGGCCGUGUAUCAGACCUCACUGACGGAGCAUGUCGCUCUCAUCAUCCAGACUGUCAAGUCUGGCACCGUCACCGAAAUUCUCGACAAGGUUUUCCAGACCAUUCUCAAGCCGCAGAGUAAAUCACUCGAGGGGCCGUUCUCCGUGUGCUCCAAGCUCGUUGCCAACAUGUUCGGCCUCAUCGACAAUUUGGAUUCGGAUGAUCCGGCCGUCCCUUCUGGGCGAGAUGCCUUGCAGGUGCUCACCAUUUUUGCCAAGGCUGAUCCAAAGCUGUUCAAUUUUGAGCAGAUCCGCCUUCUCAAGCCUCACCUUGCUACCUUCUCAGGCUCUGACGAGCUUACUGCUUUCCGAGCCGUCACAGUCAUCUACAAACGCGUACUUCCGCAACUUUCAACCGUACACUCCGAUUUCCUAAUGGAGGUACGCCUGCAACUGCUGAAGGCGAUUGGAAAAAUCGGUUCGCGAGGAGCUGUCGAUGACCUGAUUGCUUGCACACGGGUUGUUUGCGACCUUCUACAAUCUUUCGAGCCUCUGGCCAAUCUUGUGGCAUCUAGUCUAUUGGGCAUUCAGAAGCUGCGAGCUGGUCCCUUGGAUAACAAGAAGCUCCAAUUCCUUUCUGCGUACUCGAUCAUUGUGGGCAUGGUAGGCAAGCAUUGUGACCUGGACAAGCAGAUCCAGAUCUUCAAGAAAAAGUUUCCGAAGUGGCAGGGAGACUCGGUCCCGAGACUGGUGGUGGACAUGCUGGUCCCUUUUGCUCUACCCUCGCAGCCCCUGGACGCCCGCAAAGCAUCUCUCGAAGCUAUUGGUUUGGUAUGCCAGGCUUGGCCGCGCAACUAUGUUCUCGCGAAGGUGUACACAUCAUUCCAGCAAGUCUUCGAUGACCAGGUGCCCAUCUUGGAAACAAUGAUCUUGAGAUCGUUUAGGGAAUUCCUUAUCACGGAGGAGAAGCGUUCAGAGACAGCAGCGACGGAGGGUGCGGCCAAACAACAGAAGAAGGAGCUCACGGUCAUGGGAGGAACCAGCUUUGAUGACGUGGCAAGCGCCACGACCCAGAGAUUCCUCAAGGACUUCACCCGCAUCUCGGUCACAACGCAAGACGAGCAUGCAUUCCUCGCCAUGGAAGUGUUGGGCAGCAUCAACCGACAGGGUCUCACCCACCCAAAAGAAACGGGUGUUACCUUGAUAACGCUGGAAACGUCAGCGAACCGGAAGAUUGCGGAACUUGCCUUUGCCGAGCACCGGGCACUGCAUGAGAAGCAUGAGACAGUACUCGAGCGAGAGUAUGCCAAGGCAGUCCAGUCAGCCUAUGCUUACCAGCGGGAUGUGGUCGGGGAUUCGCAUGGUGCGACGAUGAACCCCUUCCAGUCCAAACUGCACUUCUUAAUGGAGGUUCUCAAAAUUAGCAAGAUGAAAAAUCGACAGCGCUUCUUGGAGAAACUUUGCGGUCAGGUGGACUUUGACCUUUCUAGGUUGGACGCGGCUCCGGAACUUCCAACGCAUGUGGACUUUUCGCGAUUUAUCAUCGAGAAUGUGGCAUUCUUUGAGUACCAAACGGUUGGAGAGUUGCAGACGACAGUCAAUUCGAUUGAGAAGAUGGUGACUGGUACAGGCGCCACAGUUGCGCAAGCUAUCGAGUCGGAGGUUUUUAAUGUCCGUAUGGACGUUGAUCAGCCUGCUGCACCUGCGCCUGCACCUCUAGCUUUGGACGGACAGCCUAUGGGGAUGCCGGUCCCAACGCCGGCCCCAACGAUGACGGUUUCAGUCGACACAAACCGACUUCGCCAGCUGACUGCAGGAUCGAUUAUCUUGUUGUCGAUGUGGGAGGCUCGCACGCAUUUGCGCCGACUCUACGGAAUGGGAACCAAUCGACACGACAGCAAGGCAAAGGCGUUGGCCAAAGAUCUCAAUAAAACGCCAACCAAGGUGCAAGGAGUGCACGGAGAGAGGUUUUGGGAUGAGGUGACGUCGCAUAUGAAUGGCCUCCAGACACAGGAGCAAAUGAUUCUAAAGUGCAAGGCCUUUGUGGAGCUUCUCAACGUGGACAAGGAAUUCAAAGUGGUGGACGAUGAAGAGGAGCAGAUGGCGGAUCCGACUACACCCAGCGGCGAGGAAGACGAGGACGGAGACGUCACAGCCGAACGAGGGCGCAAGCGGAAGGGAGUGAUGACGCCAGGGGGUCGCAAGAAACGGGCGCGGUCAGAUUCACAGCCGCGAAAACGGGGUCGACCGCGCAAACAGAGCGUGGAACAGGACCAUGACGCUGAUCUCGAUGGAGACUGGAUCUAA